CUCUCCGCUCUGGGAGCUGCUUUGUGUUGGGUGAGUAACUUCUGCGUUACAGCGGGAAACUCCGGCGUGCGCUGUCUCUCCGGCAGUAUGGAGCCCGGCGAGCAGCGGUGAGGAGUGUACGGAGCGCGAGAGAUGACGAUGGGAACUAUGAACUGCAGCGAGCGCACCGACGUGCUGGCCGGCUCGCCCCGCACCUCGGCGGCGAUGUUCGCGGCGGGGGUUCUGGGGAACGUGGUGGCUCUCGUGCUGCUGGAGGUCCGGCGGAGGAAGCAGAGCGCCUCUCUGUUCCAGUUGCUCGUGACCGCGAUGGUCAUCACCGACCUGCUGGGCACUUUCUCGGUCAGCCCGCUGGUCAUCACCGCGUACGCGCAGAACCGCUCCCUGCUGGGUAUGAGCGGAACGCGCGCCGUGUGCGCGCACUUCGGCUUCUCCAUGACCUUCUUCAGCCUGGUGACGCUGGCCUUGUUGCUGGGCAUGGCCGUGGAGCGCUGGCUCGCCAUCGGACACCCGUACCUGUACGAGAGGCGCGUGAGCAUGCGCUGCGGCUACGUGCUCCUGCCCGUGGUCUACCUGGCGUGCGCGCUCUUCUGCCUCGCGCCCUUACUGGACGACUGCUUCGGCAGGUACGUGCAGUACUGCCCGGGCACGUGGUGCUUCAUCGACCUAAGCUCGAGGAGACCGGGACAUAUAGCCUAUAAGAGCGUGUACGCCUCGUGCCUGCUGAUCAUGAUCGCGUGCACCGUGCUGUGCAACGCCUCGGUCAGCUACCACCUGCUGCUCAUGCACCGCCGCAGCAAGGCCAACCGCAGCUCCUUCAGGAGGUUCAGGGGGCAGCGCUCCCUCUCCAUCACGGAGGAGGUGGAGCACCUGGUGCUGCUGGGCUUCAUGACCAUCGCCUUCGUCAUCUGCUCUCUUCCUUUAGUGAUCCGUGUGUAUAUGAACUCAAGUGACAAUGCGAUGGACCUCAAAGCUAUGCUGUUGCUGUCCGUGAACCCAAUCAUUGACCCCUGGGUCUACAUUAUCCUCAGUCCACCAGUACCCCGCCUGCUCUGGGGAAUGGUGUGUAAAGUCUUCAGAUCCCAGUCGACCCGGGAAAAGAUACUGAACACACACACGCAGACAGAGUCCUGGUCGUCCAACCCACCCAUAGAGCUGCAGAAAUGAAAGCUCAGCCACUGUGAAAGAGGACCUGAAUAGAAUACACCCCAUGAGGGAUCUGUAAGGCCGUCAGUGGGACCUUCUAAAGGACUCCCUACCAGGCCUUGUGCAGGAUCAUCCGCAGUACCUUUUACAGGACGAGAUGGCCUGCAAGAUAGUCUAAAGGACUGUCCAAAACACCACCUGCAGGACAGUCUAUAGGACUGUGUAACAGGACUACCUGCAGGAGUGUUGACAGGACUGUAUCAGACAGACAAGCACACAUGUAGAAUCAUCUACAGGAUUAUUUAAAAGGCUGCUGCAACACCAUCAAUAGACCACCAAUAUAAGCAUAGGUUAACCGGGCCAUCCACAGGACCCUCUGGACUACCAGCUACAAGAAUACACCCUCCGCAAGACCAUCUUGAGGACU